AGUCGAAGGAAAGCAAUUGGGGUGCGCGUUUCGUAGAGGCGGAAAAAUACCAGAGUGAAUGUUGUUGGAAGCAAUUGUCUAUACACACGAAUGUUUGCCAGUUCGCUUGUGCGUAUGCGGCAACGAUAGUCGGAUUUCAAAUUUGAGGGAAUUGAAUUAAAAUUCCUUUGCAUGCCAAGCGAGUGAAGCGUACUCAGAACGCACAUUGCAGUGGUGAUCAGUUGAUUUUUCGGCUUAAAUUGUUAAGUGCGUUUCAUGCGUGUGGAAAUAAAAAUAUAGAAAAUAGCCAAGGGAAGUGGUGUGACGCUUAAUUUACCGCUAAAGUAGUGAAGUGAAAAGUUAAUUACGGCGAGCAGGAGUCAACGCGGAGUCAUAGAGCACUAGCGAAGCAUAUGCCGGCAAAAUAGAGAGCGCAUGCUGCACUAAAGAUACGCUUGGGAUAGGUCCAUAUGCAGUGCCGAGUUGUUGCUGCUGCUUUCACUAAUUACAUACAUACAUACGGGGUGUAGACACACGCAACUUCCGAAGGCAACAACAACAAGCACGCUUAACUACAGUGUCAGUAAAGCACUGGGGUCAAAACUAACAGUUCACUGGCGGUAGCAAAGAACUGAGUGCGUCGUUUGAGGGUUGAGUUGGUGGCGCGCGUCCGUUUCCGGUGUACUCACACGCUUUGUGGUUAACUAUUGAUGCUGUUUGCUUUGUGGCCGCUUUUCGCUGUGGAGCACCGAGCGAGUUGUCGCGUUUUUUGUGGGCGUGGCGCAGCAAUCAAAUAGAUACAAGCGAAUUAUUGUGGCAUUUUGACAGAAAAAUUAAGGGAAAAGGGGAAAAUAAUACAAAAAAUUUCGAAAAUAAAAAUUUUAAAAUUAAAAAAAGUGUUAAAAAUAUUUGUUUCGUCUGAAAAAAAAGUUGGUGCACCCAUAAAAACAAGCGUAUACCAAAAAAUAACGCGCUCCAACGCCCAAAACGCUGCUACAGUUACAGUUACGCUCCUAAUUACUCCGAAAAAAGGAGUCAUACACUUGCGCUCCAAAUGACACAAUAGUUGUUGUAUGCAUCAAGUGGAGCUGUAGAGAUAGUAUAUACCGAAAUCAAACACCCACAAGCUAUUAACCCGACAGUCUACGCGCUGCUUUGACUACGCACAGCAGACACCAGUCAGUCACUCAUCCAGCUAUUCAUCCAUCCAUCCAUCCAUUGAGCCAUUGAACCAACCAUCCAUCCAUUAGCUUCGCGCUCAGCUAUUUCCUAGCCAUAAAUCUAUCAACGACAGUUAUUCAAUAGCAGAUAACAUCGCAACGCAUCACUCGUCACAGCGUUUUAGCGCAGGCAAACCGGCAAGCAGUAGCAACAGGAGUCGCAUUUGCAUCAAACGACUUUUUUCACAACACAACGUAGCAUCGCAUAAGCCAUCAAAAUUCCUUGCUGUAGUAUGGAUACGAAUUCUGUUAGUCCACUGCCACCGCCAGAAGCACCGCUUGCUAUGAUGGAGGUCGAAAAAUCGCCACCAGGGACACCAACAACGAACGAUAUGCCACCACCACCGGAUGAAGAGAAGCGCUACGAGGAGGACUCGGAGAAUGACUGGAACUGUGGCUCGUGGUUCGAGUAUUUGCUCAUCGUUAUACUCUCCACCAUAUUGUUGGUGGGUGUGUUGAUACUCACGCUCUUCUGGAUACUAUUCUAUCGCGAUGGCUUCGCUUGGUCCGACAAUCCAGCAUUGCAGUUCAACUUGCAUCCCACCCUAAUGGUGGCGGGCUUCAUAACGCUGUCGGGAUUUUCGAUUUUGCUGUACCGCCUAUGCCGCUGCCUGAAACACAUCUAUGUUAAGCUGAUUCAUAUGUUCUUUCACGCCUGCGCCAUACCGUGUGUGGCUUUGGGAUUUCUGUCCGUCUUCGAUUCGCACAAUUUGUCGGAGCCGCCUAAAGUGAAUUUCUACAGUAUGCAUUCGUGGUUGGGCUUCGUCACCAUGGGAAUGUUUGUUUUGCAGUUCGUUGUUGGCUUCUUCAGUUUCUUGGUGUUGCUGUGCUGUGAGAAUCGCACCUACAAGUGCCGCAGCAUUAUGGUUCCGAUACACGCCAGCUUCGGCUUGGUGAAUUUUAUGUUGGCAAUUGCCACUUGCAUCACUGGGUUGGUGGAAUAUGAGCGCCAGAAUGCGGGCAAUGCCGUUUUGAGCUCUCGCAACUCGGAAAUCGAACAUUACAUAAUCAACGCAUUGGGCAUCGUACUCGUCGCCAUUGGUAUCAUAGUCUCCGUCGCUGUACGACGAUCGAACGCUCCAGCCACUGCCAAGGUCUACGUUACCGAACGUUGCUGAACACAUUUUUAGCGCGCUAUAAAUCAAUUUCAUAUUUUUGAUGAGACAAAUUUAUUUGAAACCUAAAUAAGCUUGCUCGAAACAAAAAAAACAUGCAAAAUGAACGUUGCCAGAUUUUCCUUUAACACUUUUAUACAUAAGUGAACUACUUUAAUAAAUAAAAAUAAAAAUAUAAAAAUUCUGAAAACCA